AUGAAUUCAUUCAAUAAGAGAAGUCUCUUACCAAUUCAGUAUUUUUAUACUUGUCUGUUUUUGUUCUUUCUCUUUACUCAAAUCCUACUAAUCUCUCAUGGAUGUCUCGACAGUGAAAGAAUUGCUUUGUUGAACUUCAAAUCUUCUGUAACUGACUCUUCGGAUCGUCUGUCAACAUGGCAAGUAGGCCGUCACCAGAACUGCUGCGACUGGUAUGGGAUUCAAUGUUCUAUGGGCUCGUUACAUGUCACUUCAGUUGAUCUUCGAAAUGUAGCGCUUGAAAUUAGCCUACGGAUUUCUGAUUCUUUGACUCCAAAUACUUCACUUUCAGGUACAAUCUCUGCCACCCUCUUGUCUCUCACUCACCUUGAGUAUCUUGAUCUUGGUUUCAAUGAUCUCGACUACUCAAAAAUCGAAUUUCAGCUAUCAAAAUUCAAAAAUCUCCUUCAUCUUGAUGUCUCCUACUCGUUUUCCGGUUCUAUUACUACUCAGUUCGCUAAUCUAUCUUCUCUAAGAUACCUGGAUGUGUCUAGUCAUGUGCAAGACAAUGAUCCUACCUCUUUAGGUUAUAGCUCUUCCCCCCUUGCUUCCAUAGAAUCUCCAUCCAUAGACUGGGUUAGAGAGUUAGUCAAUCUAAGGGUACUGAGAUUAAGUGGUGUUGAUCUGUCCGAGGCAUCUCUGACGAAGAAUUGGGCUAAACCAAUAUCAUUUCUUACUGAUCUCAGAGAACUUCAUAUAUCUGCUUGUAGUAUUUCUAGUCCGCUUUUUCCAUUCCAGGAGUUCCAUAAUCUUUCGCGUCUAUCAACUCUGAAAAUGAAUUUCAAUGACAACCUCGAUUCUUCAAUACCAGCUCAGAUUGUUAAUCUUACUUCCCUUUCAGUUCUUGAACUAGCUGGUUGCUUUAAUUUGCAAGGCUCGAUUCCUUACCUUCCUCAGAUUAAACGGCUGGAUGUAAGAGCCAAUGAAUAUCUCCAAGUAAAUCUUUCAAAAAUGUUUCAACGUCAAUGGCCAAGACUUCAAGAACUUUGGAUUUCUAGUACUAGUGUAGAUGGACCGAUUCCAAUUUCCAUAUCAAAUGCUCCGGUGUUGGCUAGUCUGGUUGCAUCAGAUUGCUCAGUUAAUGGAUCCUUACCUACAAAAAUUUCUGCUCUUUCAGAAUUGGAGUUUCUUGAUCUCUCUGACAAUGACAUAACUGGUUAUAUUCCUUCUUUGGGAUCCAAUAUGAAAAGGUUACAAUACCUGUCAUUGUCAGUAAACAGUUUGCAAGGAUCCAUACCCGAGUCAAUCUGCAUGGUUAGUUCUCUUCAACAACUCUAUUUUGACCGUAACGGAUUAACCGGACUGAUUCCAAGUUGCAUCACCAUGCUUCCAAGUCUCGGAGUGUUUGAUAUUAGUGAUAACGCGGUUGAGGGCAUCAUUUCUUUGAACUCGUGGAUCAAUAAGUUAAACCUGACUGAGCUAAACCUUAACAAUAACAGCAUAACUGUAGAAAUUUCUCCGCAACCAUUCCCAUCUCAAUACCAUAUGGAGAGUUUAAAGCUCCAGUCAUGCAACAUUACAGGAGACAUCCCGGCUUUCUUCUGCGAAUUCACUAAUCUUGAUACACUGGAAUUGUCUGGUAACAAUCUUACAGGAGCUAUCCCAUCUUGUCUGUUUAAACACAAAUAUCUUCGCAAUUUAGAUCUCUCGAGAAACAAGCUCCAAGGAACCUUACCACAUGCAUUUCAUUUUGAUGAUACUCAAUUCAUGACCAUUAAACUGGCUAGCAACUUUCUAGGAGGUUCACUUCCUGUUCCCUCUCAAAUGAAUAUGGUUUUCGAUCUGUCACAAAAUCAAUUCACUGGUGAAAUCCCAUUUGAAGUUGGAGAAAGGCUUUCCAAUGCUCGCUAUGCUUCAUUAUCUAGUAAUCAACUAUCAGGUCCAAUUCCUCACUCAUUUUGUUUGAACAAAGCCUUGGAGACGAGAAUUAGCCUUCAAACUCUUGAUCUCUCCAAUAACACCUUGACUGGAAGUAUACCUUCCAGCUUGGGAAAUUGCAGCUCUCUGUCUUUUCUACACCUAGGCUUAAACAAUCUCGCUGGAUACGUUCCAAAUGAGCUUGCACAGACACAAAUGAUGUAUCUCCUUCUGCACCAUAACCUUCUCAAAGGUACUUUCCCAAACUUCAUUCAAAAACUUGAGAGACUGACAUAUCUUACUUUAGGAGAUAACAAAUUUGAAGGAAACAUACCGACUUUCAUUGGCUCAUUUCAAGAUCUUCAGAUUCUCUCUUUAAGGUCAAACGCUUUCAAUGGAUCUAUUCCCAAAAGUAUUAUCAAUUUGAAUCAACUACAGAUCUUAGACUUAUCAUUUAACAAUCUAUCUGGUUCAAUUGAAGGCAAGCUUGGAAAUCUGACAAAGCUAACAAGUAGGCCUAAUGACACAAAUGCACUUUUUAGUGGCGGUUGGUCUGUUACAGAUCUUCAACUGCUAAUAGGGAUCAAAGGGGUCUCACGAUACAUUCAACGGUUACAUGGUUACAGUUCAGGAAUCGAUCUAUCAAGCAACAUUCUUGAAGCAAACAUCCCAGAAGAAAUAGGUCUACUUCAAGGGCUUUCAAUGCUUAACUUAUCAAAUAAUAAUUUCCAUGGGAAAAUACCGGCGAGUGUUGGCAACAUGACCGGUUUAGAGUCAUUGGAUCUCAGCUUCAAUAAGCUGUCUGGACAAAUCCCUAGGGAAUUGGUAUCAUUAAGCUAUCUUGGGUAUUUAAACCUCUCUUACAAUAAUUUGAGUGGCAGAAUACCUACAGAUGUUCACUUCCAAACCUUGGGAGCGGACGGUUCAACUUUCAUUGGAAACGAAUAUUUGUGUGGUGCCCCUACGAAGAAGCACUGCGACGGUGACCCUAUUGCACCUACAGUAAGUAAUACUGAUGAUGAUAAUAUAAAGCUCAAUGCAGAAGAUGAAGAUGGUACAACGGACAACCUGUUCUUGUUUGGUUCUGUCAUUUUGGGAUUUGCAGUAGGGUUUUGGGCUCUAUUCUUGGUUUUACUUUGUAGAAAAGAAAAAUGGUGGUGUGUGUACUGGAGAGUCGUCGAUAAUGUUGUUGAUAAAAUAACAAGCUGUACCUGGACAAAGAGAUAA